AUGAAUACCAUGAGUUGGAAGCCGCUACCCGCCUUCGAUGGCCUGCCAGUCUUGUUAGCGAGUGCUGUCUUCUCAUCUCAGUCGUACACAAUUCAUGUUACUGAUCUCGCAAAUGUCUGGACUGAAACACUGGAUCGAAAAAAUAUUGGUAGACGAAGUCUCAACGAAGACACCAGUAUCGACCCUACCGAAGGCCCCGACCAGAUGGCGAUGCUUCUCACUAAGAUCCGAGCAGCAGUUGACCCGAAUGCUCCAGAUUAUGAUCAGACGAGUAUCACUCUAGCAUCUAAGCCAGGAACCGAUGGCUCAAGCCUCGUUCUCAGCGUCACAUGCCACCUGCCGGAUGGACUAAAGCCUCUCAAAUGGACGUUCCAGUUGGUUAAAUGCUCUGUUGCUUCCAUCGCUUCCGAGCUUGUGCUUCCUCUGGUAGAGGCACAGCACAUUCGAUCCAGGGAGAUCCAGGAUCUUGUCACUAAAUUGAAGGAGAAAGAUCAUGUGAUCCAUAAACUCCUCGACAAACUCGAACAUGCGGGAGUUGGUCUAGACAACGUGUUCAGUUCACUAGCGGGUAAUCGCAGACCAUCAAGAGAAACAGCAUAUGAGAUUAUCAAAGGUCUCGCCCCUUUCAAUGAGUCCGACUGGAGCUCCAAGGAACUGCCGAUGAAAGACCCGCCAGGUGAUAUCGUCUCGCUUGUUGAGAAUGCCUUCCCUGGCCCCAAGCACCAGUAUACUGGAACUAAUAUUCCGGAUGGACUCAGCGACUGGUGGCAGAGGCUCGGACCUGACCCGAUCACAGCUGUUCAUCGUGUACAAAAAGGAAAAGGGGCGGCUUCGCCAAAAGGCAUACAGCGGGACGGCCUGGCAGAGAAGUCAAGGCUUGCUGCAAAUGAGGACGACGACUUUCAGGUUCAAGCGACCCCUUCUCAACUGGACUCCGGUAGAAAGGGUUAUACUGAGAUCGGCGCUGAUGCUACGACAGACGAUGAAGCGGACACCAUCCCCGACAGCCAUCAUAGUACAACGAGGCAAGCCAAGCAACGAUUAGGUAUCGUUGGCAAGAGGAAGACCGCAGAGCCUGACGCAGCAAGUCGAAUUUAUCAGCGCACCACGGUCGCCGGAGAUGAUACUGCAUCCGAGUUGGACGAUGAGACGGAUGUAUCUCUGCCUCACCGUCGAAAGGACGGUGGGCAAGGAAGUUUUGGAAAGACAUCAUCUCCAGCAAGAAGCGGAAGCAGAAGUUCUUUGUCGGGCUCACUGGUGAUAUUACCUGAUGACGACACAGCGUCUGAGUCCGACGAAGACAUGCCAGGUAAAGCGCCAUCGCCAACACCCCUAGCAGACAUGCAGGCGCCAAAAAGGAAAUUAGGGGCCAUCGGAAGAAUUGGCGGCAAAGCAAAACACACAACUGAUCAACCAGAAAGUGAAUCCAAAUUACUCGACGAAGUCCAAGGGUCACAAACUGAUGGUACCAACCGGGAGUCUGGAGAGGCUGAGUCCGAAGAGCAGAGAGCAGAGCGUAAACGGGCUGAGAUCGCCCAGGACCUUGAGCGCAAGGCUGCUGCAAAACCGGUGAAGAAAAAGCGGAAAUUUUGA